AUGGCUGCAAAUCUUCCUGCUACAACAAGUCAGGAGACUGUAAAUCCACCCAACCAUGAGGCAAUUCAACAUACCUUACACACAGAGAUCACAGAGAUCACCACCAAUGUGAACAACUCAUCCUGGGCUGCAAGAAAUUUGAACCACCCUGCAUUGACCCCUUGUGUUCUACUUAAUGCAGCACAGAAGGCUCAAGUGAAUGCACAGAAAGUGUCCUGCAAGCUCUCCACUGAACAAUGCAAGGAGUCUGAAGCAGUGCUCACCACCACAAUUCAAUGGCUACUCACAGAGGAAACUGAGAAGAUCGAUGCCAUUGCACUCAAACACAAUGUUUCUCAAGAGAAGGUGAAAAAGCUCAUGAGAGGUGGAAAUCAUUACAAAGGGAAUUGGAAUGUGCAACUGGCCAAUGCUCUUAUAUAUGCAAAGGCAUAG